UGGUUUGCUAGCGAGUGUGAAACCGCGUGUUAAUGUAAGCGGCGCGAGAGGCGCGGGCGGCGGCAGGAGCAGCGGCGGGGACCCCGCGUCCCGGGGCAGGAGCCGGGACUCUCCUUCGACGUGGCCCGCAGCAGAGGGAGGCCGAGCGGCAGCACGCUCUCCGUCGCGUGGACGUUUGCCUUGGGGUUGUGAGAGAACUUUGCAGCGGCUGGAGCUCGUCCACCCUUCGCCGAGAUCGGGGAGGGGAAGGCAGGCGCAGGGAGCGCUGGAGCCCGGAGCGCGCCCGGCAGCCUGAUGCCCGGGCUGGAGGAGCGGCGGGCGGCCGAGGGGCUGCACCGCGAGCACUAGUCGCGGACCGGAGGGAGGGCGCGUACUGCCGCCACCCUGCGCAGCCCGCUUUUGGUCUCCGCAGCUCCGCGUCGCUCCGGAGACUCUGCAACGCCGGUCGCCUAGCCUCCGGUGAAUCGGAGCUCACCGUCGUGGGAGCGGGUGACCUCCCGACCUGAGACGCGGCGCUUGCCGCUGGCUGUCUACGUGGGUUGUAGCCAAGGCGCCACCUGCGCGGCCGCCGCCGCAGGGAGGAGACUCUCAGCCCGCCUGCUUUCGUGAGCCGCCGGAGGGAGCGCGGCCGGGGGCACCGGGUGGAGGACCGCCGUGGGACCCGGCGCCCCCUCAGCGCAGACUAGCCGGCUCGGCCCGCGAUGUGGUCCUGAGGGCGCGGGCCGCAGCCGUCGCGCCCUGGCCUUGUAUCCCGUGCGCCCCGCGCGCCGGCCUGCUGCGCUGCUUCGCGUUCCCCUGCGGGAUUCAAGUUGGAAGUGGCGCGGAGGAUAGAGCUGUCCCGGAACAGAGCCUCUGCUGCCGCCAGAGCGAUGUUCCCGCAGAGCCGGCACCCAACGCCGCACCAGGCUGCAGGCCAGCCCUUUAAGUUCACUAUCCCGGAGUCCCUGGACCGGAUUAAAGAGGAAUUUCAGUUCCUGCAGGCGCAGUAUCACAGUCUUAAAUUGGAGUGUGAGAAAUUGGCAAGUGAGAAGACAGAAAUGCAGAGGCACUACGUGAUGUAUUAUGAAAUGUCCUAUGGAUUAAACAUUGAAAUGCACAAACAGACUGAAAUCGCCAAGAGAUUGAAUACCAUUUGUGCACAAGUCAUCCCAUUUCUGUCUCAGGAACAUCAACAACAGGUGGCCCAGGCUGUCGAGCGUGCCAAACAGGUGACCAUGGCAGAGUUGAAUGCCAUCAUCGGGGUACGUGGCCUACCAGGUCUACCUCCUACACAGCAGCAGUUGCAAGCUCAGCAUCUCUCUCAUGGCCAUGGACCCCCAGUACCUCUCACGCCUCACCCUUCAGGACUUCAGCCUCCAGGCAUCCCGCCCCUUGGGGGCAGUGCCAGCCUUCUAGCGCUGUCUAGUGCUCUGAGUGGGCAGUCUCACUUGGCAAUAAAAGAUGACAAGAAACACCACGAUGCAGAACGCCACAGAGACAGAGAACCGGGCACGAGUAAUUCCCUCUUGGUCCCAGACAGUCUAAGAGGCACAGAUAAACGCAGAAAUGGUCCAGAGUUUUCCAGUGACAUCAAAAAAAGGAAGGUGGAUGAUAAGGAUAACUAUGACAGUGAUGGGGACAAGAGUGAUGACAAUUUAGUUGUGGAUGUAUCUAAUGAGGACCCUUCUUCUCCACAUGCCAGUCCCACACACUCACCUCGAGAAAACGGCAUUGACAAAAACCGCCUGCUAAAGAAAGAUGCUUCAGGCAGCCCGGCAUCCACAGCCUCCUCUGGAAGUUCCUCUUCCCUGAAAUCCAAAGAAGUGAGCCUGCAUGAAAAAGCCAACACGCCUGUUCUAAAAUCCAGCACACCAACGCCUCGGAGCGAUAUGCCAACCCCGGGCACCAGUGCUACUCCAGGCCUCCGUCCAGGUCUUGGCAAACCUCCAGCUAUGGAGCCCCUUGUCAACCAAGCAGCAGCUGGCCUGAGGACACCCCUGGCAGUGCCUGGCCCAUACCCUGCCCCCUUCGGCAUGGUGCCCCAUGCAGGCAUGAAUGGAGAGCUGACCAGCCCUGGAGCUGCCUAUGCAGGUCUACACAGCAUGUCUCCACAGAUGAGUGCUGCAGCUGCUGCAGCCGCUGCAGCAGUGGUUGCCUAUGGGCGCUCCCCAAUGGUUGGUUUUGAUCCUCCUCCCCACAUGAGAGUACCUUCCAUUCCCCCAAACCUGGCAGGAAUACCUGGGGGUAAACCAGCGUACUCCUUCCAUGUUACUGCUGAUGGCCAGAUGCAGCCUGUCCCAUUUCCCCCUGAUGCCCUCAUUGGACCUGGGAUCCCCCGACAUGCUCGGCAGAUCAACACCCUCAACCAUGGGGAGGUGGUGUGCGCAGUGACCAUUAGCAACCCCACAAGGCACGUGUACACAGGUGGCAAGGGCUGCGUUAAGGUCUGGGACAUCAGCCACCCUGGCAACAAGAGCCCCGUCUCUCAGCUGGAUUGUCUGAAUAGAGAUAACUACAUCCGUUCCUGUAAAUUGCUACCUGAUGGCUGUACUCUCAUAGUAGGAGGGGAAGCCAGUACUUUGUCCAUCUGGGACUUGGCAGCUCCAACUCCUCGCAUAAAGGCAGAGCUGACAUCCUCAGCCCCUGCCUGCUAUGCCCUGGCCAUCAGCCCUGACUCCAAGGUCUGCUUCUCUUGCUGCAGUGAUGGCAACAUCGCAGUGUGGGACCUGCACAACCAGACCCUGGUGAGGCAAUUCCAGGGCCACACAGACGGAGCCAGCUGUAUUGACAUUUCUAAUGAUGGCACCAAGCUCUGGACAGGCGGUUUGGAUAACACUGUGAGGUCUUGGGACCUGAGAGAAGGGCGGCAGCUACAGCAGCAUGACUUCACAUCCCAGAUCUUCUCCUUGGGAUACUGCCCAACUGGGGAGUGGCUUGCUGUGGGGAUGGAAAGCAGCAACGUGGAAGUUCUGCACGUGAACAAGCCUGACAAGUACCAGCUGCACCUUCAUGAGAGCUGCGUGUUGUCCCUAAAAUUUGCUUAUUGUGGCAAGUGGUUUGUGAGUACUGGAAAAGACAACCUCCUCAAUGCCUGGCGGACACCGUACGGAGCCAGCAUAUUCCAGUCCAAAGAAUCCUCAUCAGUGCUUAGCUGUGACAUCUCUGUGGAUGAUAAAUACAUAGUCACUGGCUCAGGGGACAAAAAGGCUACCGUGUAUGAAGUCAUCUACUGAAAACACUAUGGCUUCGUAUUUACAGUUGAAUUGGGCCAAAUGUUUGAAAUUUGUAGAAAUAGAAAAGUUAUAAUUAAAAAGAACAAACAAACAAACAAAAACAUUCGAAGAAAUCUGUUUCCAAACGCUGACACUGAACUGCUUUGAGUCUACAAAGAAAAGGCAACAAGUCUAUGAAUAGACAGUCACCUGUCUACCUUUGGACACCACAACCAUACAGAGGCCACAAAUGUGGGCUAGAGGAGCAAGCUGCUGCCUGUCAGUCACACCUUGCCCCAACUGUGAGCUUACUUUUCUGUUCCUUGCAGUUUACUUCACGUUGAGUCCUCUGUAGAGCAGUGGUGUCUCCAACGAACUUGUUUCUUGAUUUUGCAUCUUGUGAUUUUUUUUUGUAUUUUUGUUGGUUCAACAUUUGUAUAAAUUGUAAAUAUAUUUGGUUUAUUACAGUAAAGCCUUUAGUACCA